GGUUAACGUAAAGCGUCAGUCUAAUUUUCGACGAUAGGGCGGAUAUGUGGGCGCAGUUGCGCCGGUGGUCGAUAAAAAAAGUAGUAUUAUUCGUACCCUCGCAAUUACUCGCAUGUGGUACCAGCUACUUACUAGCGACUAGUACUGGCUGAAAAUAAUCACGGUAAAAAGGCCAGCACAAACAUCAUAUAAGAGAUGAAUACAUCUUCGGUUUAACGUAAGCAUUUUGUCUGCCCAUCACGACGUCGUGAGAAGUGUUAAUAGUAGCACCAUGGCGAGCUCCUUCCUCC